AGAGCCUCACUAAUUCUUAAUAAGAUGCUUCUGCUCUUUCCUUCUCCUCACUCAUCGCUCCUGUUCCUGGCUCUCCUGGGCAUGGUAAUGGUGUCCUUUGGGUUCCCUCUGCCUCACAUGCACCCCCUGGAGAGGUUCUCAUCUCCUCCCAUUGGUCAAGAGGUGUCCAAAUUGGCACUGUGGAGAUGCUGUAUCCCUCCUUCUGUCUGCAUGACUGGAGCAUUCAGAUGAUCAGCCCAAAGUCCUUCACCCCCAAACCAAAGUCUCAGGUGAUGGCCAGUGACUCCUGGCUUCCUGUCAGCCAAUCACACAUGGAGGCCCUUAUCGAAGAGCAGAGCUCAGUAAGAACAGGCCACCAAACUUGCCCCCCAUGGGCAGGUAACGAGAAAAAGAGGAACAUUGUUGUGGCAGAUGAUGCUGCUUUUCGGCAGAAGAGUAAGCUGUUAACAGCCAUGGAGAGACAGAAGUGGCUCAACUCGUAUAUGCAGAAGCUGCUGGUUGUCAAUUCCCCAUGAAAACCCUACAAAAAAGCAAAAUUUUUGAAAGAUCAAAAAUAUAAAUUUUUCCUGUACUAUAAG